GUAACAUUGUGGACUUGUAACUGUGUGAACCUUUAAAUUGACUAUGCAUGGUUCAUAACGUUAGCAUGGAUGUUGAGGUUCCGUUUUCAGAUGGGAUUAUCGGUUUGUCUCAAGUGGUCCUAGGUCCGUGGGCUACAUUGAAAAUAUUUUGUCUAUUACAGGCUAAAUGCGAUUUCUCCACAGACCUCUGACUUUAUAUAACAUAUCGUAGACAUGCUGUCUAUGAAAGUGGCCACAAAACUGAAUGGUUAGUUAAAUUACAUCAAAACUGUAGGUAUCCUAGGUGCCGAUUGACUGCAUAUCAGUGAGAUACGAAUGUGUGACCUUGGGUUACAUUUAAAACAAAUCGAAUUUGUCGUAAAAUUUAAAAUAAAUCAACAAAACUGGCAUACUUGGUGGAAGGUCGACCACAAACCUUUGCCUUUGGCUCCCCCCUCUGGCCACGAGUCGUAAAAGCAUUAUGACAGUUUAGCUCCAUACACAUGCGAGUCGCGCUUAUUCCUACUGUCGGCUUUUGUCAAGCAGUGAGGUUGAAUGUGUGUGAAGCCGUUGUUUUUACUAUCAUGUAUAUGCGCAGUGUUCAUGAAUCCAACCAAAGAAUUGGCUAACAUGAUUAUCAGGCCUUUUAGAUAUUUUGACUUUCACACUCCGAAGGAGGGCAUGUUGUGACGCAAUCUGGCAUAGGGUGAGGAGGAAGAGGAAGUAUACCAGAAGAAGAGCAAUUCAUAUACAACUCGAAACGGAAGUAGACUCACUGCAUCAGACACCUGGCAUUUCCGAAAUGACACUGAAGAUAUGUUUUUAUGUUCCGAACAUUAUUGGUUACAUUCGGAUAGUCCUGAUCCUGGCUGCUUGGUGUGCUUUCAAUAGUCCUGCCCUUUUUUUCCCUGCCUACCUCACCUCCGUCAUAUUAGAUGGUAUUGAUGGCUGGGUUGCACGGCGACUCGAACAGACCUCCAGGUUUGGGGCCUGGUUAGACGUCAUAGUUGACAACAUGGGACGAAGCAUGGUGUGGAACAUGCUGUUUCAAUGGGGUUGGCUCAUUUCAACACUGGAGUGGUGUGUGUUUGUCUGUAACCACAGUGCCUUUGGUGUUCACUGGAAGAGUAACUUUAAGAAGAGUCCAUAUUGGGUGAAAGCUGUCAUGGCUAAAGGUUUUAAGACGCCCCUGGGAGUGUUCACGAUUGCUGGGCUGCAUGUCUUGCCAGUGUGGCUAUACGGAUACCAGCAUGGGGUUCUCACCAACACGUUUUAUAUUCCUGAGUGGUUCCAGGGUUUGGGACUCAUGCUUCUGGCGGCAGGAAGACUGUUGUGUAUGUCUGUGGAGAUGUGGUGCAUCUGGAUCCACGUUCACUAUCUCACAGAUGUCGAGGACACCAAAAAGAAGAACUGACAGACCUGCUGGGAAGGUUCUUGCUCCUCAAAAACCCAGGGCACAUAAGAAGGAUUAAGAGUUUGUGUCUCUUAACUGACAGGGAACCCUUUUUUUUUUUUUGCUGUUGUAAGGAUUCAAGGGAUGAUUCAGUUUUCAAGUCAGGCCAAAGUGAAUGAAAGGGAAAAUGUCAGGAAAUGCUUAGUUUUGCUGAAAAAAUAAAUGUGAUUUCAGGUGCAGCUCAUGUAAUAGACAUGAAAUGGAAAUGAAAUGCUGCAUUUCUGUCUAGAGCUUUGAACUGAAGUAUUGUUGCUACAUAUUUAUUUUAUAUUUAUACUAGGGUCACAGGGUUUUUGUUAGUGUGGUUUGAUCUAGUCAUUUUUCCUUCCAUAAUGACAUUCAUAUUUGUAAUCAAGAAUCAUUUUUUGUAUAUUUAGGAUAGUUGUAAGUCAUACGCAUAUUCCAUAACACGGUCAGUGUAUUUAUUUAUCUAAACUCUUGUCUUGGUCUGUAGGUUUUUAUUUGUUUUUGAGACACACAGGAAACUAGUUUUAGUUAUUGAAAUGAUUUUUUUCUACACUUAACAUCUGAUAUUAUGUCAACAGAUAGACAGAUAGUGUUUCCAUGGCAGGAUUUUCCAGGAUGGCAUAUUUGAGGAAAGCCAAGAUACUAUCUUUUAACUAUUAUACUAUCAAGAUUUAAAAACCUCUUUUCAGCAAAACGGUUCAAAACUGUGGUAGACGCAUAACUCCCUCAAGGGCAUUGCUGUUGUGGAGGAGGGUCUCCUGAGUGACAUUUGUGUUCCAUAACACUGCAAUGCCUCUCUGUUCUGUUACAGGCAAAUAUGGGUUGGCAAUAUGCCAUGUCAGUGUACCAUUACAGCCACAAAGUACAUCUCCUCACGCUAAGGUCACGGCCCUUUUUGAUUACAUCAC